GGCGUACACGUAUGGAUUGUUUACUCUCUGUUUACUAUGCUUGUGUCUGUUUGUGUUGCACUAUAUUUGAUUCAGAUUUGUUCUCUUUAUUGUAUUUGCACCUGUUGUUGUGUCUUUAUUGUCUAUUUCUAUGUUCCAGGUUUCUGGAAGUGUCUUUAUUGUGUUCCCUGGUACUUUAAUGCACCAAUUAUACUUUGUUGUCACAGCUCCUGUAUUAAAUCUUGCUGAAUGCUUCUCAAAUCAGGUUGUUUCGCACUUGGUCAAUAAGAUUCACGUUACCAAGAUGCACCUGUUCACUGUGAGCCUGCAGCUGGUGGUGUGUUUUGCAUGAAUGUGCGAUUGAGGAGCUCAGAUGCAAAAGUCGCUUAACCCGAAGGCUCUCAGCACGUAUUAUACGUUUGUCAAAUGAAUACAGGUGUGAUCCUGUUGUGUUUUGAGUAUUAUUGUGUUUUUUAAAAAGUUUGUUUGUAUUGUCAGUUAUGGUGUUGAUUAUUAAAGGAGUGCCACAGAUACAAAGAGAAUUUCUGAAAGGACAAAUAAUUAAAUUAAUGAAUACUUUCGCUUAAUCCCGGCCUCAGGCCAUUUAGAAAUACUGGUUUGUUGCCAGAAUCCAUUAAGACUUAAAGGGUUUUGCAUCUGAGCUCGUCAAUUGUUUUAUUUUCUUUUUCGUUCCUUAAGAAAGAGACACAUGUAUGCAGUUUACGCAUGCAUGAAUUCCUCAGUCACGUCUAUAAAAUAGGCAUGGUUUAACUAGAAUAUGUCACGCCUCAAUGAGCAAAUCAUGCCUACAGAUACAAGUGUCCUAACCCUGUGAAUUAUACGUGGUGUGUUCCUUUUAAAACUCUGUGUUUUACCAAUUGGACAGUUGGAAACGUUAUCUCCUGAUUUUCCCUGCAUGUUAUUGUGUUCUGGUGUCCGUAUUGAAACUAACCUGUCACAAUGAGAAACUGAUACUAUGACUUUGGCGGGCUUUAAAUCUGACUUUAAAUUAAUGAUGUAGGAAACAAAAUCGACUGAUUUGUUAUUCUGGAAUUGGAGAUUGUUUGCAAAGCCACAUGAUCUAUUGAUAUGAAUAAAUAAAAAUAACUUUCACCAUGACCACUGCAGUGGUGUGGCAUAAUGGCAUAAUAGGUAAAGCUUACAACUGGUUAACGCAAGGAUCUCUGCAUGGACCAAGUCAUGAACUUUGAAUGAAACACUUCACACAACGCCGAACCUAUAAUAAGUGUAGGGGAGGUCAGGGCAGUCGGAAUGGUGACAGCUAUUCAGCACAUGCUCGGUAAAGGUUUCUCUUUGUCUGAACUCUGUAGGACAAGAUUAUCAAGGUAAUUCGAUUAGUGUGCCACUUUCAGUUUCCGUCAUUUCGUCUUGUGUUAUAAUCCAGCGCGUCAUGAGUUCAGAAUAAAAAUAAAAGUAAAUCUGGUUUAAAUGUCAGAAGAUCCUGUCUUGACAAAAGUAACACUUGUUACUGUUGUCCCGCUUCUAAUAGUGUUGCAUUAUGUAAAAAAUUUAUAUUAUUCUAAUUUGAUUUCAUUUAAUUUUCAUAGUGUUCAUACUGUUGUAAACUUUUUUUAUUCUCAACAAUUCAAGUUUGUACUGUCGGACAGGGUUCCCACAGGUUCUUUAAAUCCUUGGAAGUUUGUGAAUCUGGGGGGGAAUUCAAGGCCCCGGGAAGUUUUUGAAAAUAUACAUGCAUAGAUACAGGUUGUUGAAAGUGCUUGAAUCUUUUUUAUGCAAGAAGUUUUCUGGAAAAAUGUCCAUAUUAUUCCAUGUGUAGUGUAGGAUAAUAUCAAAAAUUCUAGACUUUUUAAGCACACGUGCUAAACUGUUCGCUUUAAAUGCUUAUAUCUUCUGUAUGCGAAUGUUCAUUCAUACCAAAAUGCUUUUUUGCAUAGUUGUGUUUGACAAAUGAAAGCGUCUCGGGUUACGUAUGUAACUGUUGUUCCCUGAGAAGGGAACGAGACGCUGCGUCUCCCUUGCCAUACUUCCUGCAUCCCUGUAACGCCGUCUUUGCCAUUAUUUCAGAUAGCGAUAUACUUCCUGGUCCAGCCUCACCCUGUCUUUGUCGUUAAGCCUCACCAUUGGUUGAAUUUGAUAAACACAUUCAGAUGCACUUACCCUUGAAGGCGUCCCUAAAGUGUCACCACAGUGACGCAGCGCGAGUUCCCUUGAAAGGGAACUGUAACAAUGUAUCUUUAAAGGUAACAGUGUAACCUUGCCCUCACUUUAAAUGUGUCCUUGAAUUUGAAGUUAACUGAGGUGUGGGAACCCUGGUCGGAUUGCUUGGAAACAUUUGAUGAAACUGAAAUUUAAAAUACAAAUAUAAUUUAUAAAAUAUACAAAAUAUAAUACAUAUUAACAAGGUCAUAGUCAUGUAUAUUUACCAAAAACAAGAGUAUAACAAAAAUCUAUCUUGUUUUGUUGUGUAACUUUUGACACACCUGUGUGUUACUUUCGUCCCAGCUGACAAGGUCAAAAGUAACAAUCCGCUACUUAUGUUUAAAGUGACAUUAUACUGAAAUCAUUUUACAUUUGUUCAAAAUUCCACCUGGUAUUGAUAGACAACACUUGUGAGUUAUUGACCAAAGCAAAAAUAUAUCUCUGUCUAAAACAUUACCUUUUAAAAUUACGUUUUUACCCCUGCUCCCCCCUAUAUACAGUGUCUUUUAAUCCCUUUCAUUUUAUAUUUAAAUUAGGUCAAAUUAAAAUAAAAAAUAGCAAUUCUUGCAGUCUUCCCAACCUUCAGUCACUUUGAAAAUAAGUAUUUACGUAAUGGUUAUACUCUCCCAUGAAUGAAUUUGCAUUGUGUUUAUAAAUGUAGUGAUAUAUCACUCAGGUUUAGUAUUUUGUUAUGACUUUAUUCAAACCCAGCAACCACUACAUAAAAGUUGCAUUUUUGUGGCACGUGAGCUUUUUGUGCCACGCGCGCAACUUCUGUGAUGUCCAGCUAUGAUCCCUAGGUAGGCAGCUCAUUCGUGCUGAGUGUGAGUUUUGAAACACGGACAGAAUUUAGUAACGAGGUUAGCGAGUUCGGUUUAUACAAUACUAAUAACUUUUUACGAGCACAUUAGCCAAAGCCAGUUUAUUGGUUUAAGUGAUAAGGAAGGUUAAUACGUUUAUUUAAGAUAAAGAUAAUGUCUGUCAUUCACGCACAAUUCAGCCGUACACGGUCAUUUGUACAUUGUCGUUUGUCACUGAAUACAUUCACGUUUAUAAAAUCUAUCAUACAAUCCAAUGGAUAACGUAAACAAAAUAAAAAUAAUAGGUUGCGUUUAAAUGCGACUGUCACUUUAAAAACGCUGAGGUACUGUGUGGAAGAGGCGGGUCAUAUUUCUUUAAGCCAAUCAGAGCCCGCGUUUUUAUUUCGGCGCACUUUCAUUUGCUCCCGAAAAUGUCCGUCAUCGCUGUCCUCGUCUUGUUUAUGGCUGGAUAUGGCAUGUUGUCUGUCGGCGGAAGAAAGGUUGAAUGUGGCUGAUAGUGAGAUCAUGUUUUCAAAGCGACGGAAGGAAGGAAAACCGCUGCUGACUCCCAAAUACACUUACGUUGUGUCUUGGGCCGAGUAUCACCGCCGGAUUGAUGCAUUAAACAGCGAAGAUCUCCGCUCUCUAUGCAAACGCCUCCAGAUCACCACUAAGGAAGACGUGAACUCCAAACAUGGGUCGUCGAUCUCAGCCAGCCUGGAGCUGGAGACCUUCAAGCCCAACCUGAACGAACCCAGUGACCUUCUGGAGGCCGAGAAGAUUGAAAAGCUGGCAAAACAUCUUCCACCCAGGACCAUCGGUUACCCGUGGACUCUGGCCUUUGGUACGGCUAAACACGGUAUGAGCAUUAAGACGCUGUACCGGGCAAUGCAGAGUCUGGAGUCACCCGUGCUGAUGGUUAUUAAAGACAGUGACGGACAGAUAUUUGGGGCUUUGGCAUCUGAACCCUUUAAAGUCAGUGAAGGUUUUUACGGCACUGGAGAGACUUUCCUCUUCACCUUCUAUCCUGAGUUUGAGGUGUACAAGUGGACAGGUGAUAAUCUGUUCUUCAUUAAAGGAGACAUGGACUCUUUAGCUUUCGGUGGAGGAAGUGGAGAAUUUGGGCUGUGGUUGGACGGGGAUCUUUAUCACGGGAGGAGUCAUUCAUGCAAAACCUUCGGGAAUCCCAUGCUGUCCAUAAAAGAGGAUUUCUUUGUGCAGGACAUUGAGAUCUGGUCAUUCGAGUAGACGCCCGCGGGGAAACAUCUUUACAACGGGAGAGAGAAAGAGAGGAAACGGAUGACAGGCAGAUACCAAACCUUACACACAUUACGGCAGCCCGUAACAGACUUUACCGUUACCGCGCUUGUCGUAUGUUACUCCCGCAUUUAAUACAGAGCUCUUCUAUGUGCUGUUUAGUAUGUGUGUGUUUUGUUCAAGCCGUGUUCAGCGUGGCUAACCAACAGGAGGAUGCGGAGAUAUUGGAUGGCACGGGUUUGGGCUGCCGGAGAACUGCCAUAGUCCAGUUUACCUGAGCCGAUGUGCCGGGUGGAUGUUCGAGAGCUGAUGUUAGCCGGUAGGAUUUCACUAACACGAGAAAAACGCAAAUAACCGUACACACAUUCCCUUGCUCUCGGAGGAAGAUUAUGCAUUUUACGAACGAAGAUGCAGACGGAUUUUCCGUAAGGAAGAAGGAAAACGAAAAUGCACCGGUAGUUUCUUUUUUGAGGCGAAUUAUUCAAGUGUCGUGAAUUCGUAGUCUUUCUGUCGUUCACUAGCAUAGCACACCACGUCGAAGCACAUUAUCGGUGAUCCCAUAGUCGUAACGUUCUGUUCAGUGGGUCUACGUGUGAGUGUGGCUAACAACCCCUUCGCUUCGAGAGGGUCGACUUUUAACUGUUCGUAGGCAAAAAUGUGUCGCAAUAGAUUUGUGGAAUAUGCAAAUUCCUGUUCUGUGACCUCAAAUAAUCCACACGGGGCAUCUUUUGUUUCCCCCGUUUCUUUUUCGAAGAGACCUCAUACGUCUUGAAAAAAUUAAUCGCUUUUCUGGGUAUCAUUUGAAAAGCCUGAGACGAUGUUUUAUUGUUUUUCAUUAAUAUAAUGACAAUUCUAUAUUUAUGUAUAUGAUUAUAUAUAUGAUUUAUGAUUUUAUAUAUAUAUAUAUAUAUAUAUAU